CUUUAUACGAAUAAUAUAUUCCCACUUCCCCACUUCCUUUCUGUUUCUCUCUUUCUCUUACAUUUUCAAUUCUCAGAGAAAAACUGCCAUUUCCAUUUGGCAACCGCCAAUCCCUUGCUAACGUAUGUAUCCGUCAUCCAACUUCUCAUCCUCUCACGGCUCAACGGCCCGCCACAGCGGCGGCGAUGGACUCUCGCGCUACCGCUCAGCUCCCAGCUCCGACUGGUUGGAUGCCAUUGACUCCGUCAUCAAUGGAGGCGCGUUUGACCACUCCGUCCUCCCCACCUCACACCCUUCUCCGACCGGUACUUCCCGUGACUUCUCUGACUCGGCUGGAACGGGUGCGUCAAGCAAGUCAACGGAGCAUGGCGAUAAUGAUAAAGCCGCCGCAGCUUCUACCAUCGAGGUAUCUUACGAUUCCCGCGACCUGACAUUUCCUUACGGCGUCUGUAGCGGCGGAGCGUCUACUUCAUCAUUGGUGCGUCACAGUAGUUCGCCGGCCCGGCUUCUCAACCAACUUGCUGCCGCUGUAGGUGAUAAUAACGGAUUUCAAGUUCCAUUAAGCUCAGGAAGUUGUCAUAGUGGUGUUCUUGAAAGCAGGCAAUGUAUGUCCAGACUGAAUUCUCAACUAAGUCUCAAAAGACAGGAAACUCUGUCUCAAGUAGUCUUGGGAAACGGGAAUGAUGUUGGUGGUAGUAACAACAUGGAGAAUGUAGGGAGCUUUACCGUGGGAUCAUGGAGCAAUAACAAAGAGCACUCAGAGACUAUUUCAACAAUGGGAUCAUGGCGUGAAAAUGACAUCCAGCCAGUGAUGUGUUCGGUUACUCCGUUUAGUUCAGCCAAGAACAUUAAUUGUGAUAUUUCUAGAAGCCUUGGUGAGAUGGAAAAUCAGUUGCAAUUUCGCAUGCCGCAUGAAGCACUACUGGAGAUGGAAACCAUGGAUAGCUAUUUGCACAUCCCUGAAGUUUCUGUUCCAUGCAAAGUUCGUGCUAAGCGUGGUUGUGCUACUCAUCCACGUAGCAUUGCAGAAAGAGAGAGAAGAACCAGGAUAAGUGGAAAGCUAAAGAAGUUGCAAGAUCUUGUCCCUAAUAUGGAUAAGCAAACAAGCUAUGCAGAUAUGCUGGAUUUUGCGGUGCAGCAUAUAAAAUCUCUCCAAGAAAAGCUUCAGGAGUUGAAUAAGGACCGUGAACAAUGUACGUGUGGAGUUGUGGACGCAUGAGAAUGUAAACCACGUCCAUAUGAAAGAUAAUACUUCGUAUAACUGAUCAAGUCAAGUGAUAUUCAUUGUUGAGGAAGAGUUGGUGGCGACAGAGAGGGCCAUCUUCCACGUAUUUAAGGCCCUAAUCAAAGACGUCCCAAGCAGUCUAGCACGAGAGGUUACAUCAAUUCAAUGGCAAAUGUUGACAACAAAAAACAUUCAUAUUCAGUAGCUUUGUGAGUUACUGACUGAAAUGAUUCAAUAUGGUUAUAUGGUAAUUUUAUGUAGUUGUUGUAUGUAUAUGAUGUUCCUCUUAUUUCGAUAAAGAGCGAUGGGUUGUAAUUGGCUUUCGAAAAGAAAAAUUCUUUUUGUGAACGCCCAAAUGGCCCUAUAUCAAUACUACCAAAGAUUUUUUUUUUUCCAUUUUUUAAGACGAAGUGCACAUGCCAUGAUGCCAAUAAUAUGGCAUGUAUACACAAGCUUAUACGCAUGAAGAGUGUACACGAAGCCUCUUUAUUUUGAAAAUGCGA